AUGACCUCUGCGACGAUACGGGGGCUGCUCCGCCUGCCCUCUUUGUCCUCCGCGAAGAAGAGAGAAGAAGCUGCCCCCUGCCUUUGGUUGGAGGGUCAAGUUGGAGGCCUCCCCCUCUGGCCUGGCCAGGGCAGUCAAUCCGUCAAGCUGCACAACCUGGUGGAAGAACACAACAACGUGCAAGUCAUAGCCUGGGUUAAACAUGAAGGUCGCCGUCAGGUGGAGUCUUCUUCCUUGGUGCCAGGAGACAUCGUCCUCUUGGAAGGCCAGAAGCACUGCCUGCCCUGCGAUGCGGUCCUGCUGGAUGGCAGCUGCAUUGUCAAUGAAGGGAUGCUGACAGGUGAAAGCGUCCCAGUGACCAAGACCGCCUUGCCCCACACGGAGAACACCCUUCCCUGGAAGACGCACAGUGUGGAGGACUACCGGCGGCACGUCCUCUUUUGUGGCACGGAAGUCAUCCAGACGAAGCAAAUGGGGAAAGGGCCUCCCAGAGCGGUGGUGUUGCAGACGGGCUUCAACACGGCCAAGGGAGACCUGGUGAGGUCCAUCCUGUACCCGAAGCCCCUGAACUUCAAAAUCUACAGAGACGCCUUCCGGUUCAUCCUGGGCCUGGCCGUGAUCGCCGUGCUGGGCCUGGUCUACGCCAUCUACGUUUACACCAAGCACAAGCAACCCGGAGCGGACACGGUGGCCAUGGCCCUCCUCCUGCUGACGAUCCCCGUGCCCCCAGCCCUGCCUGCCGCCCUGACCACGGGCAUCAUUUACGCCCAGCGGAGGCUGAAAAAGAAGAAGAUCUUCUGCAUCAGCCCUCAGAGGAUCAACAUCUGCGGGCAAAUCAAUCUCAUGUGCUUCGACAAGACUGGCACCCUGACGGAAGACGGCCUGGACCUCUGGGGCACCAUCCCUUGCCAAGAUGGCAGCUUCCUGAAAGCCCACCGCUUCUCCUCCGGCCAGCCUUUGCCCUGGGGACCCCUCUGCCGCGCCAUGGCCACCUGCCACUCCCUGCUGGUCCUGGAGGGGAAGACCCAGGGGGACCCGCUGGACCUGAAGAUGUUUGAGGGCACCGGCUGGGAAAUAGAAGAAGCCAGUCCAGAGCACAGCAAAACCGGCACGGCUGACGAGGGCACCGUUAUUAGACCAGGACCAGCUUCCUCCCAGGCGUCUGUGGACGGGAUCGUGAUCGUGCACCAGUUCCCUUUCUCCUCCUCUCUGCAGAGGAUGUCAGUCAUUGUGCGGGAGCUGGGGAAGGACUCCCUCGACCUCUGCAUGAAAGGAGCCCCAGAGAUGGUGGCCAGCUUCUGCACAGCGGAGACGGUUCCCAGGAACUUCGUGAAGGAGCUCAAAUUCUACACCUCACAAGGCUUCCGAGUCAUCGCGCUGGCACAGAAGGCGCUUGCCCUGGGCGGGGACACGGACCUGGAUGGCUUGGAAAGGGAAGAGGUGGAGUCUGGCCUGACCUUCCUGGGCCUUCUGGUCAUGGAGAACCGGCUGAAGGCGGAGACCGCACCUGUCCUGGAGGAGCUCACGGCUGCUCGCAUCCGGAGUGUGAUGGUCACAGGUGACAACCUCCAGACAGCCGUCACUGUCGCCAAGAACUCUGGGAUGAUUUCCAGGAGCAGCAGAGUGAUCCUCGUGGAAGGCAGCGAGCCAGAGGAGUCCAGCCCAGCCUCCAUUGCCUGGCAGCUGAUGGAGGACAGCCGUCGACACCCUGCAGAAGGGAAAGAUCUCUGCAUCUCCAUCGAGGACAAGGCUGAGCGUGGCAGGCCAGGCAUGGAGGAGUUCCAUUUUGCCUUGAAUGGGAAAUCUUAUCAGGUCCUCAUCAAAUACUUCAGCAGUUUGGUGCCAAAGGUACUUCUGAAUGGCGCCGUGUUUGCCAGGAUGUCUCCGGGGCAAAAAUCCAGUCUUGUGGAAGAAUUUCAGAAGCUGAAUUACUACGUGGGGAUGUGUGGAGAUGGAGCCAAUGACUGCGGGGCACUGAAAAUGGCCCACGCCGGGAUCUCCCUGUCUGAGCAGGAGGCCUCCGUGGCGUCGCCGUUCACCUCCCAGAUCCCCAACAUCCAGUGUGUGCCGGAAAUGAUCAGGACCCCCCCCCUUUCUCCCCACAGAGAAGGCCGAGCCGCCCUCGUCUCCUCCUUUGCAGUCUUUAAAUACCUGACCCUUUACGCCAUGAUUCAGUUUGUGGGGACGUCUCUGCUCUACUGGCAACUGCAGAUCCUGGGGAAUUACCAGUACCUCAUUCAAGACGUCUGCAUCACCCUCGUCGUCUGCCUCACGAUGAGCUUGACGCACGCCUACCCCAAGCUGGCCCCCUACCGCCCCUCCGGGCAGCUCCUGUCUCCGCCACUGCUGCUGUCGGUGGCCCUCAACGUUUGCUUCACCCUCAUCGUGCAGGUCUGUGGCUUCCUGCUCGUGAAGCAGCAGCCGUGGUACUCGAAGAUUCGCAGUCACAGAGGGUGCCCUUUAGCCAACCAGACCCUGUUCCCAGGCCUCGGCAACGGGACGGCCAACUCCACAGAGCCACACCACAAGGUGCUGAGCUACGAGGACGUCACGCUCUGGCCCCUGGUCACCGUCAACUGCCUCAUCGUGGCCUUCGUCUUUUCCAAGGGGAAGCCCUUCCGGAAACCCAUCUACACCAACUAUAUCUUCUGCACUCUGCUCAGCCUGCAGCUCGGGGUCGCCCUUUUCCUGUUCUUUGCUGACUUUGAGAGGAUCUACCAGGGGAUGGAACUUCUCUGCACGCCCAUGAUCUGGAGGGUUUACGUCCUGAUAAUGCUCCUGGUCUUGUUUUCUGUCUCGCUGUUCGUAGAGGACGGCAUCUUGCAGAACCGCUGGCUCUGGUUGCGGAUCAAGGCGCUGUGCCGAUUCCACUCCUCCAGCCAGUACCGGGUGCUGCAGAGGGAGUUGGCGCUGGAGCCCUCCUGGCCUCCCGUGGACGGAAGAUGCUUUGCGGAGCCCGACAAGGGAGAGGCCUACGUCAACCCCGCCUACCAAGAAGAGCCUGAGGAGAAGUAGCCGGCUGGCUGGCGAAGGAGGACUCGCUCACUGGUAUGACGGACAGGGUAGGAGUGGAGCUCUGGGUGCAAAGGAGGCCAGCGGAGGAUACGGACGGGGCCGGCUUCGGGACUUUGGGCACACAGAUGACUGUUGGUUUUAAUAGGAUAGGUUUUUUUAAAAAAAAUGUCAGGUUUAUUCCCCAUUUGAGCACUUUUUUCCAGCUCACUUUGAAACGACUUAAAAAUCAGUCGCGGUUUGUUACGCGGGCGGAGAGGCCAGCUGGACGGAAAGGAGGCCAACAAAUGCCCACUUUGUGGAAAUAAAGUCACUCCGGAUUUUUUUUUGUCCUUGAAGAAAA